AUGAAACGGAUGAAGAGGGGGAAAGCAGUAGGACUGGAUGACAUACCGGUGGAAGCGUGGAAGGCUGUGGGGAGAACGGCAGUAGAGUGGCUAACGGCGUUUAGAAAGAUCAUGGAGACGGAGCAUAUGCCAGGUGAAUGGACAGCUAGCACUCUAAUACCAAUAUUUAAGAAUAAGGGUGACAUCCAGGAUGGUGGAAACUACCGGGGCAUCAAACUUACCUCUCACACGCUAAAUAUGUGGGAAAGAAUUACAGACAAGAGGCUAAGGAACAGGGUGGAGGUAUCAGAGCACAAUUCGGCUUCAUGCCCAACAGAAUCACAACGGAUAUUUGCACUCCAUCAAGUAGUGGAGAAGUACAGAGAGGAGCAAGAAGAGUUUCACUGCAUCUUCACUGACCUAGAUCAAGCGUACGAUCGGGUCUCAAGACGGGAGGUGUGGUGUUAUCUGCGGCUAAAGGAUGUGGAAGAGAAAUACAUCAGGUUGGUACAGGAUAUGUGUGAGAUCAUUAUUGAUUGUAUGACAGGAGAGGUGCAGAGGGAGGCCCCGUGGGAUAUGUUAUUGGCAGACGACGUUGUGAUGAGUGCAGAGACAAAGGAGGAGGCAGAGCAGAGGCUGGAGUUGCGGAGAGAGGCGAUGGAAGUAAGAGGUAUGAAAGCGAGCAGGCAGAAGACCGAAUACCUGAAAAUCAAAUCAGGGGACGAAGAGAAGAAGGAAGGAGGAGAAAAGGGUAGUAAAAAUGCAAGGUGA